GGAAGCGAUAUCCUGAUGAUCACAAUGGGUGGCACCAAGUCCCAUAAAAUGCCGUUUUGGGAACUUGCAAGAGGACUUAUUAGAAGAGGCCACAACAUUACGUUCAUAAGUGCAUUUCCACCUGACUUCCACAUUGAUGGUCUAGAGGAGAUAGCACCUGAGCGUUUAGUGUCCUAUGUCAAAGGCUACAUGACCUUUGAUCUGGUGGGCGCUAGGAUGAAGGGCGAGGAGCCGCUACCACUGAUGGAUAUCAUCAGAUUUGGAUAUGAGGCAUGCGACGCCUUCUUCAGUGACUACGAGACAAAAUCUUUCCUCAGAUCUGGAAGGAGCUUCGAUCUCGUCAUACUUGAUGGCACUUACCCGGAAUGUGCUUUAGGCGUAGUUCACAAAUUCAAUGUUCCCUUUAUGUACAUCAACACUGUUGGUUUCUAUGCUAUGCCAUUUAGCAUCUCUGGCAGUCCAACCCCAUACUCAGUUACUCCAUUCUUCGGGAGAGCGUUUACUGACAACAUGGGUUUCAUAGAUAGAACUUUAAACACUGCUUGGCAGGUUGCUACGGUUACACUACAUAGUUUAAGUAUUAUGGUACUGAAUGGUGUUCUAAAGAGGCAUCUUGGACCCCAAACACCUCAGUCCUACGACAUGGCAAAGAACGUCAGCUUUAUUCUUCAGAAUGGACAUUACUCAGUUUCUUAUCCAAGGCCGUAUUUACCGAAUGUUGCUGAAGUGGCAUGCAUUCAUUGUAAAGAAGCUAAAAGACUAAGCCCUGACAUUGAAGAAUGGAUCUCCGGUGCAGGGGAAGCUGGUUUCGUCUAUGUAUCUAUGGGUUCUUCUGUUAGAACUAAUAAAAUGCCACUAGCUGCUCAUCGUAUGAUCGUCAAUGCUUUAGGAAGACUACCACACAGGGUACUUUGGAAGCAAGAUGGUGAACAAAACCUGACAGACAUUCCUUCCAAUGUGAGACUUUAUAAAUGGCUUCCACAGCAAGAUUUGCUUGGACAUCCCAAAAUUAAAGCUUUCAUCACUCACGGUGGUCUUUUGAGUAUGUUUGAGACAGUCUAUCAUGGAGUACCUAUUGUUACGAUACCAGUAUUCUGUGAUCACGAUGGAAAUGCAGCUAAAGCUGAAAUCGACGGUUAUGCCAAAAAACUAGAUCUCCAACAUUUAACCGCUGAUGAGCUAUAUAAGGCUAUCAAAGAAGUGGUAUACGAACCCAAAUAUAAAAGGGAAGUAAAAAAGAGACAGUUUCUGUUAAGGGACCAGAAAGAAACACCCCUAGAACGAGCUAUAUACUGGACCGAGUAUGUAAUAAGACACAAAGGCGCUUACCACUUACAAUCUCCAGCGAAGGAUUUGAAUUUCAUACAAUAUUACUUAUUGGAUGUGGCCCUAGUAUUUAUACUUACUCUUAUCACAAUUUCAGCUCUUGUUACCUAUGCGAUAAGGUUUGGUUUUAAUAAGUUAGUCACUUAUGUACAAAGUUGGCGAGUGAAUGCAUUGAUGGAUAAGUCAAAUAACUUGUUGCAACGUUCCAAGAUUUUAAUAGAUACAACUACAAUAUCAAAGAAAAAACUAUAA